UGGCCCAGUCAGUUGCCAUCCAGACGGCCAGCCAAGCGGACCUUCGAAAAACAAAACGCGCUCACAUUUUUUGUCGAUUGGUUUUUCUGAAACAAGAAAAUUUAAAUUUCUUUAAAAAAAAAAACUUUGAUUUUUAGUUUUUGGUCUUAAAUCGGCAACAAAUUGUCAAAUUCUAAUUUGACAACCAAAGUGCCAACUGCAUCGAUAGUCAUUGGACGAGUUCUAUUUUGGAUUUUGUUUUUUAAAACCCCAAAUUUGUUUCAAACCGAAGGUGAACUUUUGGGUUCGGUUUUCCCAUUCAUUCUCGGAAACAAUUCGAAAGAGAGAAACAAAAACAAAAGAGUGCUAAAGAGGCACAGGCCGUUCGGUCCGGUCAUUCCAUUUUGUCACGUUAAAACUGUCGCUGGAACGUGUGUCAACUUUUUAGUGUGCUUCACCCCCGGCUUUUUUUUAAAUUAUUUCGAUCAUUUCAAAUUUCCACGGAUCUCCAAAACUUCUCGGUUCCUUUCAUUCAAUUUCGGCGACACGACAUUUUCAUUCUCUCCACUUCUAAUCAAAAAAUGGUUGCCGCUUUCAAAGGAUGCCAACACUUGCGGAUAGGGCGGCUGACGGCUCUGGUAGCGGUCUUCCUUCUCGCUUUGGCGCUCAUCACGGCCUCCGUAGACGCCGAAUCCAAAGUUCGUCGGCCUUUGAGGCGGAGAGAUCCGCUUUCGGCAGCUGCCAGCGUCGGCAACAGCGUCGUUCGAAACCGUCUCAUCCGGCCGACUAAGAAACCGUUCGGAUUGACGACCACCGAGCCGGCGGCCGUCGAGAAAGAAGAAACUGCGGCGGCGACGGAAGCGACGCCGUUCAUCCGCCGGCCGCUUGGCGGAUUGAGGACAACCACAUCGGCUCCUUUCGCUUCGUCUCCGGUAGUAGUCACCACCACACCAAAGAGCGUGUUCCAGCGGCCUUCCAGGCGCCCUGGCAUGCGCAAGCCGGGCACCACCGGAGUGUCGACUUUGUCCAGCAACAACAACGACAAGAAGAACGUGCAAAUCUCCAGGCCAGCGGGCAGCGGCUCGGCCGACAAGGGCUACAAGAUCGUCUGCUACUUCACCAACUGGGCCCAGUACCGUCCCAAGACGGGCAAAUAUCUGCCGGAAGAUAUCGACCCUCACCUGUGCACGCACAUCAUUUACGCCUUCGGAUGGAUGAAGAAGGGCAAGCUCAGCUCGUUGGAGGCCAAUGACGAAUCGGUCGACGGGAAAAUCGGCCUCUACGAGCGCAUGAUGGCCCUCAAGAAUAUCAACCCGGACCUCAAGGUCCUCCUCGCAAUCGGUGGAUGGACGUUCGGCACGGCCAAAUUCAAGGAGAUGUCGGCCACUCGCUACGCCCGUCAGACCUUCGUCUUUAGCGCCAUUCCUUUCCUGCGCCAGCACGGAUUCGACGGACUCGAUCUCGAUUGGGAGUACCCCAAAGGAUCUGACGAUAAGCGCAAUUUCGUCUCUCUCCUAAAAGAAUUGCGCGAGGCUUUCGAAGCCGAAUCGCAGGAAUUGAAAAGCCCGCGGCUGUUGCUGACGGCCGCCGUGCCGGUCGGCCCGGACAACAUCAACGGCGGCUACGACGUGCCGGCCGUGGCCAGCUACCUGGACUUUAUCAACGUCAUGGCCUACGAUUUCCACGGCAAGUGGGAGAACACGGUCGGCCACAACGCCCCGCUCUUUUCGCCCUCGUCCGACUCUGAGUGGCGCAAGCAGCUGUCGGUCGAUCACGCCUCCAAUUUGUGGGUCCGCCUGGGCGCGCCCCGUGAGAAACUCAUCAUCGGCAUGCCCACCUACGGCCGCUCCUUCCAGCUGACGGACACGGCUCGAUUCCGCGUCAACGAACCGGCCAGCGGCGGCGGCGUCCAGGGUGUCUACACCCGUGAAGCCGGUUUCCUCGCCUAUUACGAGAUUUGCGAAAUGCUGAGAUCCGGAAAGGCCAGUUACGUGUGGGACGAUGAAAUGAAGGUGCCGUAUCUCAUCAUGGGCGACCAGUGGGUGGGAUUCGACGACGAGCGGGCCAUCCGCAACAAGAUGAGCUGGAUCAAGAAGAACAACUUUGGUGGCGCCAUGGUCUGGACCCUGGACAUGGACGAUUUCACCGGCACCGUUUGCGGCAACAACGUCAAAUACCCACUCAUCGCAGCCAUGAGGGAGGAACUGCGAGGCAUUCCACGACCUGGCAACGAUGUCGACUGGACCCAAGAAGUGCCCACCAUUUCUCUGACGGCCACAACCCUACCGCCGCCCAUUCAAAUUUCACUGUCUGACAUACUCAACAAAGUGUCAACCAAGAAACCGCAAUUGCUCCUGCCCAACGUCAACAACGCCGCACCCGUCAACGGUAGCAACGCUAAAACCAUUUGCUAUUACACCAGCUGGUCGGCCAAUCGACCGGGACUGGGUCGAUUCUCUCCGGAAGAAGUCAACACCGAGUUGUGCACCCAUUUGGUCUACGCAUUCGGAGCCCUGAAGGAUUACCGACUUUCGCUGGUUGGAAGCGAUGGCGGCGUCAAGCAGAGUGCGGCCGAUUCCGGCAACCGGAAGCCCCGCCAACGUGCCAGCGUGGCCGUCGAAGGCGACGAGCUGGACGUUCACGCCCGCAUCCAGACCCUGCGCGAAAAGAACCCCGACUUGAAAAUCAUCUUGGCCAUCGGCGGUUGGGCGGUCGGAUCCGCUCCGUUCAAGGAACUCACGUCCAACAUCUUCCGCAUGAACCAGUUCGUCUACGACUCGACCGAGUUUCUUCGUGCCAACAAUUUUGACGGCCUGGACAUUGACUGGGAGUACCCCAGAGGUGCGGACGACCGGGCGUCCUUCCUCAAUCUGAUCAAGGAACUGCGUUUGGCCUUCGAAGGCGAGUCGGUUACCAACAAGAUGCCGCGUCUGCUGCUGACGGCCGCCGUGCCUGCCAGCCCGGAAGCCAUCGCGGCCGGUUACGACGUUCCCGAAGUGGUCAAGUACGUCGACUUUCUCAACGUCAUGACCUACGACUUCCACGGCCACUGGGAAGGUCAAGUCGGCCACAACAGUCCGCUCUUCCCUCUAGAAACGGCCGCCAGUCACCAGAGGAAACUCACCGUCGAUUACGGAGCGCGUGAGUGGGUGAAACUCGGGGCUCCAGCUGAGAAAAUCAUGAUCGGUAUGCCCACUUUUGGGCGGACAUUCACGCUGGCCGAUUUAUCUAAAUUCGAUAUCGGUUCGCCGGCCAGCGGUGGCGGAAUCGCCGGCCCUUAUACUUCCGAAGCUGGUUUCUUGGCUUAUUACGAGGUGUGCGAUUUUCUGCAAGAGGACAACACGACUCUGGUCUGGGACAAUGAACAGCAGGUGCCGUUCGCCUACCGUGACGACCAGUGGGUUGGAUUCGACGACGAGCACAGCCUUCGCACUAAAGUGAGUUGGUUGAAAGAGCAAGGCUUUGGUGGCGUCAUGAUCUAUUCACUGGAUAUGGACGAUUUCCGUGGGCACUGCGGGUCGGGACGUUACCCGUUGCUGAAAGCCGUCCGCCAGGAGCUGACGGCCGAUAAUUAUCAAGUCCAGUUCGUCUACGACGGACCUUACGAGCGAUCGGCGUCCAGCCUCAUCACCGGCAAACCAGCCCCCAAAGAUCCUAAUGUUGUAACGUGCGACGAAGAAGACGGCCACAUUUCCUACCAUCCGGACAAAGCCAACUGUGCCAUGUACUACAUGUGCGAAGGCGAACGCAAACACCACAUGCCUUGCCCCGUCCAGCUCGUAUUCAAUCCUUCACAGAAUGUUUGUGAUUGGCCGGAAAAUGUUCCCGGCUGUGAGACGCAUUUUACUGCGGGAACUGGCCGGAGAUAAAAACAAAAAACAAACGAUCUAGUUUGUUGUAGUAGGUCGUCUAAAAAAAAAAAAAAAUGGAAGCACUAAAAAAAAAAAAAACAUUUUUUUAAAAACAAUUCCGCAGCUCAUCCUGCAAUUUAAAAAUAAAUUGUUUGUUCUUCAUUUGGGUGAUGUAAUAAUCAAGUCCUCUACGCGACACUGUAGGCCUUUUUCUUUGUUUUUUGUGGUGAUGUAACCCGUUCUUUUCCAGUGCCCCUUUUUUAAACUUUGAUUUUGUUUAUAUUUUAAAAUUUCCUUCAUUAUAAGAAUUGAAAAAUCAUUUUUCAAGAAGAAAAAAAAAACAAAAAAACAAUUCGGGUUGCGAUGGCGCGGUGCGAGGAUCUAAAAAAAAAGAAAAUUGGACAAAUUUACUCGGCCACUUUUCCAUGUCCUUUUUCCUGUUUCUAUUUUGUUUUAAUGAAAUGUUGUGGUGUGUUUUUUUUACCCAAUUAUUUUAAUCGAAUUGAUGAGGCGAUGUUACAAGUUUUCAAAUCCCCCCCCCCCACAGACCACCUUACUAUUUUCUCCUAUAAUACCUAAAAAAUCAACGAUAUUCAAUUCGAUUGGACUAUUAAAAAAAAACGAUAACUAAUUAAGAGGAAGUGAACGUUGGAAAAAUGUCUGGUCGACACCUGAUCAUUCUCUGAAUUUUUUCAGAGGAAAUGAAGCAAUUGCAAAAA